AUGUGCGCCACGGUAAUUUCUCCUGGUGUCACAGCAUUUCAUUAUAAAUUUCAGAAGACAAAAGCACACCUAUCUGCUUCUGCUACACAGCCAAUAUUAAAACCACCAGAUAACAACUCUUCAGAGGAAAGAUUUUAUAAUUGUUCAAGUCUGUUUGAUAAAAUGAUGCUGGAGAUGAACAAUUUACCAUUUCAUGUUUGCAUUGAGAAAUAUCUACCUCAAAUGUUUCACGCAAGCAAAUGCAUUUAUUGGUAUUUCAAUGAAAGUCAAAAAACACUAUAUUCACCUACACUUGAUCUCUCACUAGAUGUAACCACAAGUUUACCAGGAUUUGUUACGCAAACAAAAUCAGUCAUUAAAAUUCGAAAUUCCAAUUCAAUUCCUAUGGGAUACCAAAAUGAUCCAAGGAUAUCUGAACCAGGAUCUCCACAAGUAUUCUUCCCUAUUACGUACGAUGAUGAAAUUGAAGGUGUCAUUCAAAUUGCACGAGAUCCAAAAUCUGCCGGAUACGAAUUCAUAGAAAACGAAACAUUAGAAUUUUGCAUGUCUAAACUAAAGAUAUACUCGCAUUCUAUCUUCAAAAAUCUCACAGUUUUCGAUAAAAUUGUUUCAUUGUUUACAAUCAAUAAUAAAACAGAUCCAACAGUCAUUCUUCAAGAGCAAUUCAACUGUAAGUACGCAGAUGUUUACCAAUUCGACAUGCUAAGGAAAGCCGUAAGAAUAAUGGAACAUGAAACAAUUACAAUGCGACCAAUUGAAGAACCAUUUCAUGGAAUCGUUUCUUACAGUGCACAUUCGAACGAGAACAUUAACACUGAUGAUAUUACCUCUCAUUCCGCUUAUAAUAAGAAUAUUGAUUCAGAAAUGAAAGGAUCGUUUCUAUGUGUCCAAGAAGAAGUGUCCUCUCACAAAAUAUGGGUUAUUGUGUUAAGAGAAAAGCUAAAUCGCGAGUUCACAACAACAGAUGAAGAAACUCUUCAAGCGAUACUACCUAUUGUUGUUAAAGCAAUUAAAGGCUUUAAUGAGACCAAGAAAACAUCAAAUAUUGAUUCGAGAAAGGCAGAUUUAUACAAUUUAAUUACGUUGAUUUCAAAGUUUAAGAAAUCAGUAAUAAAUAUAGGCAGGAAGAUAGAAGAAGCCAUAAAACUACUGAUUGAAGCUGAUUCUGCAAUUUUCUUUUAUUUUGACGAGAAAAAUAAUAAAUUUUAUUCAAAAUUUAACAAUGAAAGGCCAAUUGCUACAGAUACAGAUCUAGGCCUUGUUUCAUACAUCUUUGCAAGAAGAGAAGCGGUUUAUUACAAAAAUCCAUCAGAGAAUACAAAAUAUUUACCGAAAAUUGAUUCAUAUCCAGGUUAUGAGAACAAAUGCACCAUCGGAAUAACAGUCUGCGAUACAAGAGGUAAAGCUAUUGGUGUUAUAAUGGGAAUUGGCAAUCCUGCAGAACAAUUUGACGAUGAUGACAAAAAACUAUUAUCUGCUUAUGCUAUAUUCUGUGGAAUAGCUCUCGAGAACAUGUCCUAUAAAACAGGGCAUUUUAAAUUCAUUGAAAUAAUAGAAAAAACGAUAUCUCAGCCAAAUGAACAAAAUCUCAAAGAAUUUGUUUUAUCAGCUAUUCAAUGUGCUCCAAUAAGAAGAGUAGCAUUGUAUACCACAGCUGCUUCUGAUGAUAUUGGCAGUUUAAACAAAUUAUAUUCUUUUGGAAUGAAAAGUCAGAUCGGAGAAGGAAAACUAGCAGAGACAUGCUUAAAAGAAAAGAAAGAGAUAAUAUAUGACCACUCAAAACUCAUAGAAAAUGGCUUUAUUGUCUUGGGAUCCAAUAUAAUCACUUCAAACUACUCAAUUAAAGCAUUAUUUGGUUUGAAAACAAGUCAGCCCAAAUCAGCAACAAGUCCUGAUGAAGUCCGAAUCAUCGUUCGCCCUAUUAUCGAUAAAAACAACAAUAUGUGCAUCGGAGUUUUGGAAAUUGAGUACCUUGGCCAAGAAAACAAGAUAUUAAUGGGACUUGUUGACUGUAUAGAAGUGAUUACCUUCAGACAUAUCAAGUCUUUGACCACUCCGAUAGUUGUCAUUUCAGAUGAUGUCGAAACACAAAGUAUUUCAGUAAUUGCGAGCCAGGACAAACAGCAUCUGUUCAGUCUAGAUUUCAAUGCUUCAUUCCUUACAGAAGCAGAAAUCACUCGUACAAUAUUUUCUUUGAUCGAAUCUUUCGGAUUGAUCGGAAAUUUAUCGAUUGACGCAAUCCAAAUGCAAGGAUUCUUAAAUGACGUGAUGUCUUUAUCAGGGAAACACUGUUGCUACGUAAUGGAUAUCGUACAAGGCUGUUCUGUGAUGCUCAAACUCUCAAAAUAUGAUUCUUUGACAUCAAAACAUAUGGUUUUGGCACUUUUUUACUCACUUUUAUUCCAUAAAUUGCAGAAAAUAGACAUGUUGAGAUUGCUUACUAAAUGGCAGGUGACUGGGCUUGUCGAGAAGUCCGCACAGAGCAGCUUCAUGAAGAAUGUCAUUAAAUUCGUGACUUCGAUUUCGAUGAAAAAUUUCCAAGAUUUGAGACAAAAAUCUUUGCAAAUUUUGACAUCGGGAGAAUUCGAUCCGACAGAGUCAGAGUCACAUAGAUUCAUGCUAUUUACUAUAAUAGGCGUUACAUCUGUCUGUUUUUGCUGUGCAAGACCGCAAUUCAACAAAUCUAAUUUCGAAAACGUCUACAGAGAGUACUGCGAAACAUUUGACACAGUUACUGACCAACAAACUGUUCUUUCCACUGCAGUUCUCCCAUUAUUCAGUAUUUUGGCAAAAGCUGCUCCUCCUUUGGCGAAUUUCGCUUCAAACGCUUUGAAUAACUCAAAGAGAAUACAUUAA